GUGUUUCAUGGCGUUCCUGCUAUCAGAGAUCGGUGUGUGUUUCUGGACCUGUGGAGCGUACAACUUCUUCAGCUUUGUGACGAUCACGUCCCUCCUGUACGAGCUGUGGACCUUCCUCUGGUACCUCACACAUGGAUACAUGAAAAUCAGCAGAGUCUGCUGGGAGAAAGUGGACUUCAUUGGUACGUGCGUGGUGAUUGGUCUGAACCUGCUGGCCUCCAUCAUCCUGGCAGCCCAGGCCUACGAUGGCACCGGGAGUGCCGCCGCGGCUUUUGGAUUCCUUGCCACCAUCUCCUUCAUCGCUGGAGCUUACGUGACAUGGAAGCUUUGGAAGGAGGGCCAGGAAAAAGUCCGGAUAGCGAAACUCGAAGCUCAAGCUGCGGCCGGUUCCCCCGACUUCGAACAGGGCUCCCCUCCCCCCUAUGAUUCUGCUAUCAACCCCAACGCUAUAUAA